GAAUUACUUCGCUGCCCCUAUUAAAGGGGAAACCGCACCCACCAGAGAGUCAGGGCUACAUAAAGAGGGGCUGUGCUGGGCUUCUCCCAUCCCAGGAGCUGCGGGACACCAAGGAAGAAGCAUUUUGGGCCUUUCCUUCCUGGUGCUCUUCCUCCUGAGUUCUUGAGGUGUUUCCCAUCUUCUUCUCCACAUCCUGCUGUGUGCCCCAGGCCUGCCACUGCCGCUGUGCUGUGUCCCCUGAGCUGGGGCCCUCGGCUGCCGGUGUCUGCUGGAAAUCCAAGGCUGGGAGCAACAGGAGCAUCUGCUGUCAGACAUGGCUUUGCAGCAGGACACACAAGAGGGGGAUACAAAGGCACAGCUCCUGGCAGAGGAAUUAGAGAAGGAAGGACUGGAUGCUGCAUACUGGCUGCCCAAGGUGAUGCAGAUCGUGGGAAUCAAGUGCAGAGAAGCCCUGCAACAUCUGGAAUAUAAAGACUACAUCAGGCUGGAGUGUGAGGUACAGCACCCCUGGGAGAAAAAGGCACUCCAGAAACUCAUGAAAAUAACAAAUGACAAAAUGUGUGAGGAGCUGCAAAAGAAAAACUCGGAGAAGACAAAGCAAAGACAAGAAGUGGCCAAACAAGCCCUGAAUGAUCUGACAGAAAUGCUCAACAGCCACAGUCACAGCCAGGAUGCUGUGAGGGAGAAAGCAGAGACUCUGUGGCAAGCCAUGGAGAUUCCCAAAGAGUUCUGGCCACCACCAAAGAAACCCUUGGCAGAUAUGCUGGAGAGCAUCCAGAAGCAGCUGGAGCAGCAGGAGUUGUCAGCAGUCACGAUGGAGAGCAUCCCUGACACAGAGCUGCUGCAGCGGGCAUCGGGGGGACUGGCCCUGCAGGGCAUCUACAGAAGCAGCAGACCUGAAGAUGUGCUGGCAAAGCGAGAGCAGCUCCUCAGGGUUCCUGAGGGAUUCCAGCUCACCGGUCUGGAGCAGGGAUCGCUGCUUGAGAGGAAGGAGUUCUCCUCCUCUGCAGCAGAAUCCACUUUCACCAAGUCCAUGGAGCAGCUGGGCUUCAGUGUGAGUGUUUCUGCCAAAGCCUCAUUCUGGUGUGUUCAUCUGGGAGCAGGUGUAGACUACAGCAGCUCCUCACAAUCACAGGACACCCACCAAUCCUGCUCUGAGCAGAGCUAUUUUUGCACCAGCAUGUACCAGUACAUCCCUCUGGCCUCCUGCUACUUCCAAAGGCAUCAGCUUCGCCUCUCGGAUGCGGCUCUGCAGGAGCUGCAAGACAUGGAGCAGCUUUUGAGCGUCACUCAGGAAGACAAGGCCCCUCUGCUGAAUAGGUGUGAGAGGUUCUUCAGCAGGUUUGGGUCCCACAUAAACGAGGGUCCGCUCCACUUUGGGGGAAUAUUCUGGUGGAAGGCGUCGACAGAAGGAUUCCGAGCCGAGCACAGGGAAGAGAUGAAGCAACAAACGUCUGAAGCACUGAACGUUUUUGUAGGGGCCAGCUGGGGUGGCUUUGGGGUCAGUGCUGGGGCUGACCUGGAUGUUUCUAAAUCCAGCUCACAGGCUUCUGUCCUGGGGAGAGCUGGAGAGAGUUCCCAUACAGCAAUUCGGCUCAACGUGGUAAACACAGGGGGCCCACCAGACUCAGCUUCUUUUCAUCAGUGGAAAAUGGGGCUCAUGUCAGAUAACAGAACGUGGUGCCUUAUUGACCGUGGCUUUGAGCUGAUCCCAGUGUGGGAUGUCAUCCUGUACAAUCACAGUGGGGAUUUUAAGUCUGUCGGUCAGAUGAGCAGAGCACUCAGGGCUGCAUACAAAGAGCUGACCUGUCAGUGCAUUGGCACCAUUUUUGGGAAGGAAAUAGAAAGUGCAGUGCAAGAGGCCAGAGAUUUCCUGGGGAUUGUGAAGACCUGGGAGGUGACGGUGGAUGAAAGGAAGCUGCUCAUGCUGAUGGAGGUAAAAGAUGAUCUGAAUGCAAAAACCAGGAACCCCAGUGUGUGGAUCAACGUGUGCCUGUCAGACAAAGCCCUGCAGGACUUCCUGGUGAACACCGUGCGGAGCUGCCAGGAGUCACCUCCAGAAAACAACAGCUGUAUCAAGGUCAUGUUGAGAAGCCUCCUGGAUCCUCAUAUCUACUCUGUCAAGGACUUCCCCGAGGCUUCCUUCAUUAUGCAAUGGAUCUUCCAGACUGGGCACCCACUUCCCAGAUCUCCCAAAGUCUCAGAGCUUGGAGAGCUCAUCAAAACCCUGCAGCAAAUGAAGGAGCACAUCCAUGCUGUCACCUACGCACCAGGAAGCUCUGCUUCUGCCAUUCAUGAAGCAAAGAUAGAAGCCACCAUGACCAGCAGCCUCACCAUUUAUUCCUUACUCCAGUCUCUCCAGGAACAGGGUCAGAAGGAGAUGGAACUGUUGGUGCUCUUGAUUGCAACCAGCACAGGGUACCAGGUGGAAAGCAGCACUUUCCAGCACCUCCUUGGACACCCAGAAAUUCAGUACAUGGCCAAGGAAAUGGAAGCGGCACAUGAGGAGUACGUGAACCUGAAGGAGCAAGAUGCCAACAGAGCUGAGGCCUCCCUUCUGCUGACGGGUCUGACUGUGACACCAGAAAGUCAAGAGCUGUCCCCUGAGCAGAAGAGGGAGCGUUUAGUUUUCAUGGAAGAUCACAUGAAGUGUUCGUGGUCCACACGGAUAAAGAAUCUGCUUCAAAAGCACAGAGGAGACGAAGACUGGGAGAAGCUGGAACAUAACUUGCAUUCCUUGAUCAGUGGGUGUUUGAAUGACAAAUGGGAUGAAGAGAGGAUGCAGAACAUACUCAGAGACAUGGAAGACACUUUUCCAACACCUGAGCUGCCCAGUCAGUCCCAAUCAAAGUUAGAUAGUAGCCAGUCAAAUGCAAAUGAAACCACUGAAAAGAAGGAGUUCCUCCAGUUGCUCAAGCGCCUGGGACUAGAAAGUCGCUAUCCAAGAAAAAUGGGGAUGGGAGAUUUCCACACCAUCUGCAAGACAUCUCUGCAGGACAGCCAGCCCAUCCAGGACACAGAACUGCCGUUAUACUUCUUGCAAAAGUUGUUAACCCUCGAUUAUGGGUUGAGGUACCUGACUUGCUGGGAUGAGAACAGCCCAGGCCUUGCACCCAUGUCAGAAACUGCAGAGCAAAAGGAUGAGCCAUCAGACUUCUUUGAAAACUUUCUUGAUAAUCUGAAGGAAGCAGCCACUGAACUUGGAGGCACGGAUGGCCAUGUGCACCCCAUGGACCUGCAGAUGGCCAUUUUCCAUUGUGCUGAUGACUUCCUGAGACAGACCCUUGCAACCAAGUUGGCGUUCUGCCAACUGGCCCUGCCUCUGCUGGUGCCCAACCCGUGCACUUCACACAUUGAGUUCCCGCUCUACGCCCUCAGCCAAAUCCAAAGGAGCUGGAAAGAGGUGCAGAAGUCAGGAAAGCAGGCCGGAGGAAAAACUUAUAACAACAUACUCAUCGUUCAGGCACAGACACCCAUCGUGUCCUUCUUCCGCAUUGGCAGCUCGGCCUCCUCUUCCAAGUCUCAGCUCCUGAACGCUCUGCUGAGCAGACGCAAACACGACACUUUCUUCCACCGCCACUGCAGAGGCAGCACCAGGGAGCGUUUGCUGAUGGAAGGGGUGGUGGAGAUCGCCUGGUACUGCCCCCGUGGAAGCCCUGAUGACACCUUUGAGUGCUGCGUGGCUUUCUGUAACCUGCAUGGAGACGCCAGGGAUCACGGAGCACAGCUGCAGUUCCUGCAGGAGAUAUCUUCUGUCAAUGUGGCUCUUGUGUCCAAUUUAGAACACAUUGACAGUAGGGGGAAAAAGCUUCUGCAAGACCUGUGGCAAUCACAAAGGCCUUUGGUUUGUCUUCUCACAGAAAAAGAGAACAUUGCAGCUGGACAAGCCAGUAAAAAUACAACAAUAGGGAUCAAGAAUAGAAAUGAAGCAGAAUUGAUGGAACAGCUGACCAAGACAAUUGGGAAUCUCCUGAAAGGGUCUAAUACACGUUUCAGCCUGGAUGCCUGCAUGGACAAAGCUCGCCAGCAUGGAUUCGUAGUGGAUGCAGAUCAACCGGCGUGUGUGACAGCCAAAGCAAAGGCAAAGGAGCUGGUGGACCUUCUGAAGAAAGAGAAGCUGUCUGAGAUCAAAUCCCAGCUGCUGCCGCUUCAAGGAAAACUGUGGUACCAGUGGUGCAAAAAGGACAAAGAACUCACUCGCUUGCAGGAGAAGAGGAACAAGAGCAUUGAGCACCAUCGCAGCCAAAUUGAAAACGAGAAGGCAGAACUAAGAAGAAAGCAACUUGAGCAAGCUUUCCCCCUCAACUCACUGAUGAAAUCAUUCCUUGUUUUUCUCCAAACCCAGCCAGCAGAUACCAAGAAAUAUUUCCUGCAGUGGAUGAAGGUCUUUAUGAGUGACCUGUCCUGCGGUCGAGUUGAAGAACUGAGGAGAGACUAUCACAGCUUGUGGUCUGAAAUCCUGGCAAGAAAGAAAAGCCAGGAAAAAACCAGUAAAAAUGCUCAGCUGCUGAGUCGCUUGGAUGCCCUCUCUGAUGAAAUCAAUGAUUCAUCCAUCAGCCUGGAGCACCUUCUGAGAGAGGUAGGGCAGAUUUAUGAAGCUCUGGAAUUAAUGAAGACAAAGAAUUACAGUUUUGUCAAACUGCCAGAAAUUGCAGCAGAGCUCAUGGUUAUGGGAUAUCCUGUGGAGCUGAUGGAUGGGGAUGCUUCUUACCUGCCCUUGCGCUGGGUGGGAGCAAUCUUUGACAGCUUAAUUGAGAGGCUGGGGGACAAACGAGUGUUUGUGCUCUCUGUGCUCGGCAUCCAGAGCACGGGCAAGUCCACCCUGCUGAAUGCCAUGUUUGGUCUGCAGUUCAACGUCAGCGCGGGGAGAUGCACCCGUGGAGCCUUUAUGCAGCUCAUCCCAGUGGGCGAGGAGCUGCAGCAAGACCUGGGCUUUGAUUUUGUGCUGGUGGUUGACACAGAGGGACUUCGUGCAAUUGAGGUGGCCAAUAAACAGUCCCUGAACCAUGACAACGAGCUGGCCACCUUUGUCAUUGGUGUUGGCAACUUGACUGUGAUCAAUAUCUUUGGAGAAAAUCCAUCUGAAAUGCAAGAUGUUCUCCAGAUCUCUGUGCAGGCUUUCCUGAGGAUGAAGAAAGUCAAUCUUUCCCCAAGCUGUCUCUUUGUCCACCAAAACGUGGGAGAAAUUACUGCCAAGGAGAAGAACAUGGAAGGACGAAGGCGUUUGCAGGAAAAGCUGGAUGAAAUGACCGUGGUAGCUGCUCAGCAGGAAUUCUGUGACGUCUCCUCCUUCAGCGAUGUCAUUGGCUUUGACGUGAACACCCACAUUCACUACUUUGCUCACUUGUGGGAAGGAAACCCCCCUAUGGCACCACCCAACCCCACCUACAGCCAGAAUGUCCAGCAACUCAAGAGCAAAAUCUUCCAGGCUACCCAAAAGGAGUCAAAGCGCAGCAUUUUGAGGCUGUCGAGCCUGAAAGAUCGUGUUGGCGACCUCUGGAAUGCUUUGCUGAAUGAAAACUUUGUUUUCAGCUUCAAGAAUUCCCUGGAGAUUGCUGCCUACAGGAAACUGGAAAGUGCCUUUAGUCAGUGGACCUGGAGGCUGAGGAGUCACAUCUUAGACAUUCAGAGGAGACUUGACAACAAAAUUCGGAAUGGGGACUUGCAGACCGUCCCCCGAGAAGAGCUUGAAGGGCUGGUGCAAGAGACAAGUGAUGCCAUUGAGAAAGAAGUGGAAAAGUAUUUCAGGGAAGACAAAGACUGUGAGACAUUGGUGCAGUGGAAAUUAAGCACAGAGCUGAAGCUGAAAGAACUAAAAGAGACUCUUCUUCUUGAAACAAAAAAGAAAUGUGAGAAUCUGAUUGAGCUACAGAAGGAGCAGAGGAAACUGGAUGCAAGGAAGUUGGAAUAUGAAGAUGAGCUCCUGAGAAGGAGUAGGGAGGUGGCUGUGACUCUGAAAGGGAAGAGCCUCAGUGAGGGAGAACUGGAGGACAACUUUACUCUUGUCUGGAACCAGUGGAUUGCCGAAGUCUCCCGUGAUGCUCGUCCACCAGAACAGGUGGAUAUCGAUACAGAAAUUGAAGAUGUCCUUCUAGAGCACUUUAAGGAGCCAGGUUUCCAUGAACGGAUCAGGUCAUUUCCCAAAGAGAGAGGAUUUUCUUUUGACAAAGAGAAACACAUCACAAAGAAAAAGUAUUUUGGCUUAAUCUCAGAUCCCAGGAGCAUUGCCAAUGAUGGUGUGAGCAAGUUGCAGGACAUCACAGAAAACAUCAUAGCGACUGUGAGGGCAAACAUUGAUAAAAAAGAACAGGAGAAACGCGAUUACAGUCGAAGUUUUAUUCAUGAAAUACUCAAUGAAGUAAGAAAAGGUGUGAACUCUGUCCCCAGCAAUGCAAAAUGUACUUUUAACAGGGAGUACAGCACAGAUUUGUCUCUGUAUCUGUGCAAAAUGGCAGCAGAAAGGUUUAAAGCCAUGCAUGAAGCAUUCCAAAAGGCAAAUGACCCAGUUGUGUACCUGAGGAGCAAGAGAGAAGAUUUCUUCCAAUGUUUCCAGAUUUCUUGCCAAGGAGCCACUUCAAUCACAUCUUUUGCUGGUUUCCUUUGUAACAAGAUUGAACUGGCUCUUCGCCGGGCGAUCUAUGAGAGGACAUCUAAAGACAUUGCUGAGGAUAUGCAGGGCAAAUUCCCAGAUUUCAGAGGCAACAGAGCCAAUCUGGAAGUUUCCAUACUGAGACACCUGGCAGAACAAGAAAAUUUUGAAUAUUUCAAGCAGUAUCUUAAGUUUCCAAAAGAUUUUUUUCAGAAAUACAUUGAGACAAGAGUGAAGAGUUACUGUUUAGAUGACAGCAGGAGGUUGCAGAAAUUUUUAGAGUCCUCCCUUAAUCUUCUCUAUCGAAACAUCCUGUCAGCAGUUUCUUUAUCAACCCAAAUUGUCAAAGACAGAAAAGACAGAGAAGACAAAGUCUCUCUUUGGUUGGAUGAGUUUUGCAGGAAACUGACAGAGGUGAUCAGCUUGCCCAGAAGUGACCUGAAGGGCCUUGAGCACCAGGAGGUCACAGACAUUGAGUUCCUGAGCAGCGUCAUAGCAAAAGCUCUGGAUGAGCUGAGGGACAGGCUCAAGAAAGAAUUUGCUGAUGCUGACCUGAGCUCAUUUUCAAGGCAGCCUCACACCAUCCUGGCAGAGCAUUUUUCAGGGUGCUGGGAACAGUGUCCCUUUUGUGGGGCUGUCUGCACAAACACCAUGCAGGGACAUGAUGGGGACCAUCAGGUGAUUUUCCAUCGCCCACAAGGUGUGACAGGAUGGAAGUGGUAUGGGACAGACCAGCUGAGCACUGGUAUUUGUUCCAGCCGUGUUGCAAGUGACUGCACUUUCACUUUUGAUGGUAGCCAAUGGUUCCCCUACAAGACGUACCGUAAUGCUGGACCUCCUCUUUCCACUUGGAAAAUUCUUCCUGAUUCCUCCACGCAGGCGUACUGGAAAUGGUUUGUGUCUCAUUUCAGGACACAGCUGGAAGCUUUGUACAACAAGAAAUUUCAGGGAAGAGGAGAAAUCCCUGAGGCGUGGCAGAGAAUUACCAAGCAGGAAGCACUGUCCGAGCUGGACAAGCGUUAGGCCGCAUCCAUGGGAAGGAAGAACCACAAAAGCUUUGCAGUUUAGAAGAACUUUUUUUAAGACUCUCCACAAAAUGCAGUUCCAAUGAUGAUACUCUCAAGCCCAAUGAUGACAAUGGUAUCCAAUUGCUCCCAAAUUUGGUGAAAUCAGGCACAUUACUUCAGCCAUCCCUCAGCAACUUCCUCACUUCAUGACAAAGCCAGAAUCCUCUUGCCUUCUUGCUAUAAACAUUUCACUCUGCUUUGUCCUAGACCCAAACCAAACCCCCUCCUUGGAGUGAUCAGCCUUGUGGCCAAGCCUGAGCCCAAGGGCCAGGGAAAGAGCAAAGACAGCACUCCAAGCACCCCUUGCAUCAGCUGCUGUGAGACAAGAAGGGACAGUGCCCCAAAGACAGUUUAUCCUGCAGCAAGGAGGUGUCCUGCUCAGAGAAAGGGCUGUGGGACCUGAGGCCAGCUCCAUGCUGGCUGCAAGCUGUUCUGCUUGGCUUUUGGGUGUCAUCGUUCCCUCCCUGAUUGCAGCCUCCUGGAUCAGGUGGGGCUGUUCUCCCAGCAGGAGCUGUUGUGCCUCUGGGCUCAGGAAAGCAGUGACACAACCACCCCAGGGCUCAGGCACUGCUUUCACUCCCUGUCUCUCAGGUGCUGUGUCUCUGUCCAGGGCAGCUGCUCCUGCUCAGGUGCCUGGGGCUGCUGCCCUUCCCUCCAGCCCUCAGCCCCAGCAGAAGCUGCUCCUGCCUUGGCCUCACUGCUGAGUAAAAGCCUUUGGAAUGCCCCAUGUGGAGAAUCCUGUCUGCCAGCACCUUCUGCAGCAGCUAAUAAAAUUGAUUUGGACCUCACUGCUCUGUGUCUCCUUUGUGUUCAGGGGAGCCACAGCUGGGGGUGACUCAAGCUCUGUGUGCUGCAGACAGGCAGGGGACAGGGGGUGGCUCUGGGGCAGGGGCUGUGGCAGCAGAGGCUCUGCUGCAUUCAGGGUCUCUGCUCCAGGAGCAGCUUCACUGUCUGCAGGGACAGCAGAGAGGGCAGGAAGCCCCAAACCACAACAUCCAGGGAAACCAAUGUCAGUGCCAGGUGCCAAAGGAGGCAGCACUGGGAACCAAGGCUGGCCUGUCACACACACAGAGGGCUGAGAAGGUUGAUCUCAGGGAGGUUCUGUGCUCUGCUCAGCUGGGAACGUGUGGGAGAAAAGGGGAUUGGGCCCAAACUCUGCCCAGCCCAGCCCUGGCCAAGCAGACCCAGAGCCAGUGACAGGAGCCAGAGCUGGGCUGUGUGAGCGUGUGCUGCAAGGGGUGAGUGCCAGGGACUGGGGACAGCUGGGCUGGGAGGGCAUUUGUGCUGGCUCCUGGAGACAGACUGGGAGUGGAGGUGCCCCUGGCCAUGGUGUCACUUCCUGGGCUGCAUGGGGAAUGUCCCAGUGGAGCUCCUGGAGUGAGUGGGGGAGAUCCAGUGCCACAAAUGGGUGCAGUGGAGAGGACCCAGUGCAGCAAGGGUGGGUGGUCUCAGGCCUGGGCUGGGGUAUCAGGAGGGUGCAGGGUCCCUCACCUGCUACACUCACCUGUGCCACCUGUCCCAGCUCCCUCUGCAGUAUGGCCAGACUGUUCCCUGCACCUUUCCCUGUCUCUGCCAGGACCCCUUGGCCAAAGUCUCCCUCAGUGGGAUUGUCUGGAACCUCCUUCCUUGCAGGCCCUGCUGUAGGGAGAAGCACAAACAGCUUGAAGGUCUUUCCCAACCUCAACAGUUCGUGGAUGCGGUGCCUUCCAGUGUCACUGGGAUGCAGCAGCUCUCCCAGGCUGCAGCAAUCGGGACUAAGGGUGGAGUGACCCUGUGUAACACCCCAGAACAUUUACAUAUAAGGGGCUAAACUGAGCUUUCUUUACUCGGGGUUGGCAUGAGAAAUACUGAGCAGGCAUUCUCAAGAUUUCAAAAUUACACAGCACUUUGGUGGCUAAAGAUAGAAAACGAAGGACUUUGAUCAACUUGUUCCAGUCUCUGACACUCUGCAGGGGUCCCGAGGAGCGCUGCUGGUGUUGGGGUGUGACUGUAAAGCACAG